AUGUCGGACAAACUUUUCUUGCUCCUCGUCUUGGACGAUGAAAAUACUGAAAACUUAUUGGAAAACGAUGACGAGGACGAUGUGUUAAUAUUUGCCACAAUUUCUACGUUCAUGAGAAGAAACCUUAAUAGAAGUUUUGGCUUCUUUGAAGUGACAGUCYCGGCUUAUUUCAAUGAUGAGUUUGAGGGUCAUUUUCGACUUUCGCGUACUACUGCUSAAAUAUUAACAAGAGAAGUCAUGGCUACGGGCCUAAUUAGUCUGGGAAAUACCUUYGGAAGACCCGCAAUACCUCCUGCCAAGCAAAUUCUACUUUAUUUGUGGAUUAUGGCGAAUGGAAUGGAAACUACGCGACAGGUGGCGGACAGAUUCAAUGUCACACUCAGYAGYUGUGCUAGAGUGCUUCGCCGAGUUAAUUCUGGAGUGCUAUCUUUGAAACAACAAUACAUUAAAUGGCCAAAUGAGAAUGAGAUGAGGAAUGUARCUCAAUAUUUCGAGGAUACAGUAGGCAUGCCUGGUGUAAUAGGAGAUAUUGAUGGUUCAUUUAUAAGAAUCAAGGCACCCAGUAUUGAUCAAGAUUCCUACAACUGUAGAAAGAAGUUCCAUGCUCUUCAACUGCAGGUUGUUUGUGAUAAYAAUAUGGUUCUGACAGAUGUCUUUGGCUGGCUGGCCAGGAUCCGUUCAUGAUUCCAGGAUCUUGAGGAACUCUUUACUGAGUGCAACUGCCGCCAACAAAUUCCCUCAUGAUAACCACCUUCUUGGAGAUGGAGGGUAUCCACUUCUAAGGUGRCUAAUGACUCCCUUUCGUAACAAUGGACACCUAAGACAGAACCAAAUUCAUUUCAAUAACAUGUURUCAUCAGGUAGACAAGUUGUGGAACGCACAAUUAGCCUGCUAAAAGGAAGAUGGAGAAAGCUGAAAUACUUGGAUCAUGAAAGUGUCAAGCUUAUGGUGCAAUUAAUAAUGGGUGYUUGUGUACUUCACAACUUUUGUCUUCUACACGACGACUUUAAUGACAGCUAUUUUCUUGAUGAUGACAGUGAUGAUGAUGAUAGUGAUGAUGAUAGUGAUGAUAGYAGGAAUGGUGUUGCAAGAAAUGCCACAGCAGAACAAAAAYGCAAUCAUCUUGUCAAUAUUGUUGCUCAAUAGAUCACUUUGUAAAGAGCAAAAGUGAAUUAUUCCUUGGAAAAUAUAUGAAUGUUGCAUAUAUGUAUUAUGCUGAAUUUUUGAUCUCUGAUCAAAUCAYUGUUCAAUCUGUAAAGGACUUCAUAAAGCAUUUCAACAGCAGACACACCACUUCUUAUUUAGCAUUAUURGCAAAACUGAAUGAAAUUGYAAAAUAACCAUAUAUUAAUAUGUAAAGUAUGCACUCAAUAUUUCUUUCAGUUAACAGUAUUUAUUUAUAAUUAUAAUAUUUAUGGAACAAAGAGCAUUUCACAUUGUUGAAAGGUGUUUUCUAAAAAAUAAACUUCAUCCUCAAAUUAAAGAGAAAUAUUAUGUCCAUUAAUAGACAAUAKAUGCUUUAUUUUUUGUAUAAGAAAAGAAACAAU